GGCGCCGGCAGCCGCAGGCCCGGGGCCCUGGGCGGGGGCCGGGUUGAAGAUGGCGCCCUGGCAGGUCCUGCGGUGCUGCCAGCGGAGCCUGGCCUGGGUGCCGGUCCUCUUCAUCGCGCUGGUGGUCGCCUGGUCCUAUUACGCCUAUGUGGUGGAGCUGUGUCUGUUUACUAUUAUCUUCACGGGGGAAAAGGGAAAAGCAGUUGUCUACCUUGUGGUUUUUCAUCUGUCAUUUGUCAUGUUCGUUUGGUCCUAUUGGAUGACAAUUUUUACAUCACCCGCUUCCCCCUCCAAAGAGUUUUGUUUGUCCAAAUCUGAUAAAGAACAGUAUGAAAAAGAGGAAAGACAGGAAUCACAGCAUGAAAUUUUGAAGAGAGUUGCUAAAGAUUUACCUGUCUAUACCACAACAGCAUCAAGGGCCAUCAGAUACUGUGAAAGAUGCCAGCUAAUUAAACCCGAUCGCUGUCACCACUGCUCAGCAUGCGAUAUAUGUGUCCUGAAAAUGGAUCAUCACUGCCCUUGGGUGAAUAAUUGUGUCGGAUUUUCUAACUACAAAUUCUUCCUCCUGUUUUUAAUGUACUCCCUAUUGUACUGUCUCUUUGUGGCCACAACAGUCUUACAGUACUUUAUAAAGUUUUGGACGCUUUGCCGCAGGAAAUCUGCAGAGAAUUGUCCAAAGAAUGAACUACCAGACACACAUGCAAAAUUCCACGUUCUUUUCCUUUUCUUUGUGGCUGCCAUGUUCUUCAUCAGCAUCCUGUCACUUUUCAGCUACCACUGCUGGCUAGUGGGAAAAAAUAGAUCAACAAUAGAGGCAUUCCGUGCUCCCACAUUUCGAAACGGCCCCGAUAAAAAUGGCUUCUCCCUUGGCUGUGGGAAAAAUUUGAGAGAAGUUUUUGGAGACGAAAAGAAGUAUUGGUUGCUUCCUGUGUUUACAAGCUUAGGUGAUGGAUGUAACUUUCCAACUCGUCUGGUGAUGGAUCCAGAACAAGUUAUCGUCACAAGCCAAAGUGAGCCUGCCAAAAGCCCUGGGACCAAUCAGCCCUUGCCUAUAAGGCCACUUAGUGAAUCCAAAAAUCGAUUAUUGUCCAGUGAAUCUCAGUGGCUGGAUGGUGGAUCAGAAGAAGAAGGUGUCAAGUCAGAGAUAAAGAACCAUGUUACAGUUUCAAUAGAAAGUUGAUCUCAGUCUAUUAACAACCAGCUAUUUGAAUGAGAGAAAGGUUUAUACAACACAUUUGUGCUUGAAUAUAUUUUUUAAACUUGGGUGGAAGAAAUUAUCUGCAGAAUGGAUCAGUGUGAAGGCUCAGAUGAUGUACAGACAAUGAAAUCUCCAGUACGGCACCACGGAUGUUGUACGCACUAUUGCAGGGCCGAAAGUAAGAGAGUUGCCUUAAGAAUCGUCAGUGUGCAUUUAUGCAAUACUGACUUAAAUCUGCUACGAAAGUGACUUUGAAAAGUUCUAAUUUUUCAUCAGAUGCUCUAAUACCUUUAAUCAUCUCAAAUUACAUGGGUACAAUUUUUUGUCUCAGCCUAUAUAAAAAUUACCACUUCAAAAAAAAAACUCCCAGCUGAAUAGAUUUCUAAUGAGUGAGUACAGAAUGUUCAGGGCAGUGAUGUUGGGCUGCUUAAGACGUGAAUGAACAGCAGAAUUCCUUUUGCAGGUUUGUACUAUUUGGGGAGGUGACUGCUUUUUUCUAUACUGGACACUUGCCGGUUUAUAAAUGCUGUUUUAUACUUGUAUCAUUUUUAAUGAAGACUUUUUUAUUGCCAGUUGAGAACCACUCAGAAAGUAUUCAGAUGUCUGGCUGCAAUCACGGUCAACAUUGAGCACACUUGAUUUUUGAAAUGAAGGGUUCUUGUCCCAUGCAUGAGUAGAGCAGUUUUAAAUUCCCACUUGGCCAGUGCUUCAAGGGGAGUGGACAGGGACCUGGGAGGAAAUCAAGCUUUGCCUCUGUUUUCUGCUGCUCCCUGGGGGAUCCAUCUUGGCACCUCUGUUUACAGGAGCCUUCUGAGGGCAUUUGCCUCCACCAGGGUCUAGCGUGUUUGUCUAGAAGAGCAGCGGCAGGUGAGGGAGGAGGGAGCUGGGAAGACAAGGCAUCAGGGUUGGGGUGGGAUCUGCUAAAUGUAUCCUUAACCCCAAGUUUUGUUUUUUUUUAGUUUGUUUUUUUGAUUUUGUACUGGCAGAGCUGCAUUCAGUUGACACUUAUUUCCAUUUUUAAAGAUGAUUUUUGAAUAUUAGCUGGACAUUAGAAAUCUGAAGAAGGCUUCUAAGAUGGAAGUCAUGUAGCCAUUCCAGUUGGGCUCACAGUCCCUCCUUGCACGUACCAAGGUGAGGAAUCUGAAUGCAGAUGCUGAAGCUCAGUCUGUAAGGCCAACACCCCCCCCCAACACACACACUAUAUGCCUUUUUUUCUUUUACAGUAGUCCAGGAAGACAGGAUAUUGUAUGUACCAGAUUAAUGCAGAAUGCUCUUUUUCUCUUUGAGGAAAUAUUAUAGUGUCUUGCAUUAGAAACUCACAAAGAUUUCAAAACACAUUUUUUUCCCCACAGUGAUGAGUAAAGUAUUAAAGCUUUUUUCGUUUGUGUUUUAA